AUGCGACGUCUGCGCCUACACCAAGGCCUCGCUGCCGGAGACUUGACGAUCAAAUACAUUGAAUCAACAAGGCCAUGUCGUCGCUGCUUCUCCCACUCCAAGACCAACCGUGACCUGACACCCUUCACUCGCCGCAUCUUCAAGCUCCCCUCCGCACCAUCUCCACCAUCCCAACACCACAACGAUCUAACAACCUUCCUCUCCUACGCCGAGCGCAUAUCCCUCCCCCCUACAAGCACAGUCUACGUAGGCACCCACUAUGAAUACACUGUCCUCCGCAGCCUUCGCCGCUACGCGUUAGCCCUGCACCGCAUCGGCGGCCGCGACGACGCCGGAAUCGACCUCGUCGGCACCUGGCACCUGCCCGAGCGGGAACGCGAACGCGCCCUCCGCGUCCUAGUGCAAUGCAAGGCAUUCAAGACGAAGCUCGGGCCUAAUCUGGUUCGCGAGCUCGAGGGCGCAAUUCGCCAGGCGCCUGUCGGCUGGCGCACGGGCCAGACUGCAGGUGUGCUGGUGAGCCCGCGCGAGGCAACCAAGGGUGUGCGGGACGCACUGGCGCGGAGCUCGUAUCCCCUUUUUUGGAUGAUGGUUGAGUUGGACGGGACGUUGAAACAGGCGCUUUGGAAUGCGAGGGCUGAAGAGUUGGGGCUGGGGCCUUUGGGGGUGGAGACGAGGUAUGGUGCUGGUGCGGUUGAUACUGGGUCUGGCUCUGUGACGAAGCAGGUCGCUUUGACUUGGGAUGGGAGUGAUAUCCCUGAUAUGGACCAGGUAGAGCAGGGGUUGGUCCGCUAUGAGGACCAAUGGGUCAAAGCCUGGGGCGUGGACUUGUCAAAGAUCGACAAGGAGACACUUUUGGAUGUCGUCGAGAGGGUCUUCCCCGAUGGCCAUCCAGAAGCAGGUCCAAACGGAUCUUUAUCGGCUGUAGACCAGUCGAAAGUCCUGCAGGCUCUACAAGAAUUGUAG